ACUCUAGGUUAUUCUUGGUGGGUAUUGGAUUCGGUGUAAAUGGCGGUCUCUUGUAAUAUUGAGGACAUAGAUGUGGAUAGCAAAGAAAGUAGGUACCCUUUCUGGUUGAGAUGGAGUCGUACAUCAAACAGACACCUAAAAGAAGCUGAGAAAAAGUUAAUAUCACGAAUUAAAAGCAGUGUCGAGGCGUUCUUUGUUCCAAUUUUCAACGGAUCAUGUUACAUUCGCACGUUUGUAUGCCGAAGGCUUAAAUGCAGUCCGGAAUCAUCUGAAAGCAUACCAGAUACAAAUAGAGCUGUUCCUAUCGUGCUAAUCCAUGGAUUCGGUUCCGGUUCUGCUCUUUGGUGUAAAAAUGUUGACGCUUUCGCACAAUACCGCACUGUGUACUCACUAGAUGUUUUGGGCUUUGGACGAAGUUCUCGUCCUGAUUUCCCAACGGACGCUGUCGCAGUUGAAGAAAAUUGGGUAGAUUCUAUUGAAGACUGGAGAUCAUCGUUAAACGUCGAAAAGUUUAUAUUACUUGGUCAUAGUCUAGGUGGAUUUUUAGCCUGCUCCUAUGCUUUAGCAUACCCCCAUAGGAUUGCGCAUUUGAUUCUAGCAGAUCCCUGGGGUUUUGUUGAAGAUCCCCUCAAAGUUAAAGAUCAGUCAAAUGUUGGUGCAGCUCAAGCAUGGAUGUUUUCAACUAUUCGCCAUAUAUUUUGUCCCUUCAACCCUUUGUCGUUUCUUCGUGCAGCCGGACCUUUUGGCCCUAGCUUGAUUCAUCAUUUUCGUCAAGACCUGAGAGGAUUUUUCGAUCAAAGACCGAUUCGAGCCGGAGAGAUAUUGGAAAUACCUGCAAAAGAAGAUAUUGAAUCAACGAAAAGCAUUUCUUUUGACGAUCGCACCCAGUCAACUGAUGGCGAAGAUAAUUUACCUGAAUUUUCGUCACCGGUUGGCAGAACAGACCGCGGUAAUGAUACCGUUUCUGAUAACUCCACUUCCGGUUCACUGGCUUCCAUUGAUUUUGAAGAUCUAGAUGGAUCGGUUGCACUGGAUUACGUUUACCACAUCAACUGUCAGCAUCCAAGUGGGGAAGCAGGAUUUAAGUCGUUGUGCAGCUCUGUUGGAUGGCCCCAACGUCCUAUGUUAGAUCGAAUUGACCAACUUGAUCCUACUGUCCCGGUCACCUUCAUAUAUGGCUCUCGGUCUUGGAUGGAUGUGUCAUCAGGGCAUAAAACUCGCUCGUUGCGCCCUAAUUCAUAUGUGGAUGUGAAAGUAAUCGAAGGCGCUGGACAUCAGGUCUAUGCACAAAUGUCUGAAGAAUUCAAUGCGUAUGUUAAUAUGAUUGGAAACGCGUUGAUAGUAAUGAUUCUUUCACUCCAUGCGAUUAUCGUGUAAAUGCGAAUGCUGAGAAUGUUACGUCUACCCCUCUCAUGAAUAAAAACAAUGAGGUUUCGAAUGCAGCUGAAAGCAAUCGUUCAACCAAAGGACAUAAUGGUCGAACUCGUCACAAGCGAUCAUCUGUUCCAUCAUUUCCUAGAGAAACUCCUCCAUCAACUCAGCAUGAACGUUUGAAUCAAAGCAGUAGGCAAAUAUGCCGAAAUGAAGAAGCAAGUGAUGAAGCUUCUGAUUAAUCACCAAUUUAUGCUUCGUUCUACCUUCUUUCUAUCCCGAUUUAAUGACGGAGAUUAUUCACUGUUAAAUAUAUAGUAUUCACUUUUUUUCAGCUUUACUUUACUUAGUUACAAGCUAGAAAGUAAUAUCAUUCAGCCAUAGACUUGGUUUUUUUUUAUGCCAAAUAGCACACAUUGCUCUUCCUGGCAUUAGUCUUUCUUUUUAAACUUGUACCGGGUGUACAUGAAUUCUGAUGUUUGUUGAUUUUAGUUCCGCUUGCUUUCUUUCUUGAAGCUUUAUUUUUGAUAUCAACCCUGUUUGAUUAUUGGCUAUACCGUUAGAGAUUUUUAUUAAGCAAAACAAGACUUACACAGAUUAUUUGCUAAAAUGUUUUUUUCUUCGAUUUGUUCGAAAUUAGAUUCCUAUGAAACUAGAUACUAAAGCUACUAAUUUUUAUGCGCAGGGUUUUCCCUGUCAUUAUAAUAAUGGACUGCCAUUUUGAUUUGAUAAAGUACAUUGUCUUUCCAUGUCAUCUUUGUUUCUUCCUUCUCGUUUGAAACACAUCUUUGUCAUUAUUUUUUGACGAUUACUACCAGUAAAUAAGAACCAGUUAAGCCGUAAAGGAUGAUAUCGACUUUGAUUAUAUGUUCUAAUUACUCGAGUAUUUUUGUUUAUCUUUCUUCCUUAUGUUUUACUUUGUUUUUCCUGUUGUUUGAUAAUUUUUACUUUUUAUUUUAUGAUCAAUAUGAUUGCUAUAUCAUUGUACAUUGUUAGCUGCUGUACAGCGUAUCUCGUUAGAUUACGUUUGCGGAGUAUUUUGACCACGGAAUAUGACUCUGCGAAUACUUUCACUAGCAUGCUAAAUUCUCUUAUAUUUACAUCUUUUAUAGGAUUGUUCACUGUCUGUUCAGGGCUGUUUUCACUAUUUCUGUGAUUUUAAGCCUGUGAAAUUGCUUGAUAUUUCUAUAUUGUUAAUGUCUCCAACGUUCAUCGGUAGGUAAAACAGGUAACAGCCAUUUGAAGUAUCUUCACUUUCAAUUUGUAAAGUAAUGUAUUCUUCAGGCUUUAAUGGGGUUGAACAUUUAUUUUCAUG